GUGUGUCUUUUUUCGUUGUUGUUUACAGACGGCUUGUUCCGAUGUUACACCGUGUACGCUUCCCCUAAAACAAGCGAACUCAUUCAAGGGUCUGUGGCUUGAGGUAAAUGAGUCUGACAAGUAGAAAUAGUCUGAUCAAACAUGAAUACUCCAGCAUGUGUUUUCUUAAAUGUAAAUGUUAUGUCGGAGAAUUGUUGUUAAACCCGUGUGAGCUUGUCGUUUUUAAGUGUUUGGCCGCGCCACUUAGCUAGCAUGCUUGCUCAGCAUCGCGGCUAACGCUGGCUACUUGCAGUAACCCGGUGUUACUGCAAACUUCAUUCAAAGAAUAGGUUUCUCUUGCUUUGGCUUACUUUUAAGAUCAAACAGUGUUUGAGAUAUAAAUCCUCUCUUUCUGCAGCUCCUGUGUCGAAGAUUUCAAGAUGUUUUUGACAAGAUCGGAGUAUGACAGGUAAGUGCAGCACAAACUGCUUUGUCAUUUAUUGAGCGCUGCUUACUGAGGGCGAUACAACUUGACAUAUAGGUUAUGUAAAACGACUUGUGUAAGUAAGUGGAUGAGACUUUUUUCUUAUAAGUUGGAACUCCUUAUGAAUUUUGAGCUACGUGGAUUUCUAAGCCUUGUUUGGAUGGUAGGUGGGUAUUUAGCGAACAGCGAGACAUCGCAACAAGUUAGUUUGCUUUCACUUUCGUUAUCAUUUUUAAGACCCUUUGAUAAGACAGGAAAACACUUAAGGAUUAAUAUGCUAUCCUUGGGUGAACUAAUCUGUUUAGACGUUUCUAAUACUUUUGAUAUACCGCAUUUAAACGAUAUACAAAACCCAAUUCCAAUGAAGUUGGUAAAUUGUGAUAAACUUAAAUACAAACGGAAUACAAGGAUUUGCAAAUCCUUUUCAACUUAUAUUCAAUUGAACACACUGCAAAGACAAUAUAUUUAAUGUUCAAACUCAUAAACUUUACUUUUUUUGCAAAUGAUAAUUAAUUCAGAAUUUGAUGGCAACAACACUUGACACAGAAGUUGGGAAAGGUGGCAAAAAAUACUGAGAAAUUUGAGGAAUGCUCAUCAAACACCUAUUUGGAACAUCCCACAAGUGAGCAGGCUGAUUGGGAACAGGUGAGCAGGCUCAGGCCCUCAGGUGGCACUGUAUCAAAAACCGACAUCAAUGUGUAAAGGAUAUCACCACAUGGGUUCAGGAACACUUCAGAAAACCACUGUCAGUAAAUACAGUUCGUCGCUACAUCUGUAAGUGCAAGUUAAAACUCUACUAUGCAAAGCGAAAGCCAUUUAUCAACAACAUCCAGAAACGCCUCCAGCUUCUCUGGGCCUGAGCUCAUCUAAGAUGGACUGAUGCAAAGUGGAAAAGUGUUCCGUGGUCUGACGAGUCCACAUCUCAAGUUGUUUUUGGAAAUAGUGGACGUUGUGUCCUCUGGGCCAAAGAGGAAAAGAACCAUCUGGACUGUUAUCCACGCAAAGUUCAAAAGCCAGCAUCUGUGAUGGUAUGGGGGUGCAUUAGUGCCCAAGGCAUGGGUAACUUUCAAUCUGUAAAGGCAACAUUAAUGCUGAAAGGUACAUACAGGUUUUGGAGCAACAUAUGCUGCCAUCCAAGCAACGUCUUUUUCAUGGACGCCCCUGCUUAUUUCAGCAAGACAAUGCCAAGCCACAUUCUGCACGUGUUACAACACCGUGGCUUUGUAGUAAAAGUGUGCAGGUACUCGACUGACCUGCCUGCAGUCCAAACCUGUCUCCCAUUGGAAAUGUGUGGCGCAUUAUGAAGCGUAAAAUACGAUAAAAGAGACCCCAAACUGUUGAACAACUGAAGCUGUACAUCAAGCAAGAAUGGGAAAUAAUUCCACCUUCAAAGUUUCAACAAUUAGUCUCCUCAGUUCCCAAAUGUUUAUUGAGUGUUGUUAAAAGGAAAGGUGAUGUAACACAGUGGUAAACAAGGACAAAGGACAAACACUUUACAACACCUUUCAAAUUUGAUAACCACCUGUCUGAUCAAAUCAACAGAAACUAGAAAUUUAAAAGAAUCCUGAAAGUAUAAACUGUAGUUUUGCUGUAGAUUGUGCAUGUUUUUACCAUGUUUUACUUGGUUAAUAAUAUACAUCACCAGCUCUUAAUGAUUGUUAUCCUUUUACUCGUUUUUUAGAGGUGUGAACACAUUCUCUCCAGAAGGACGGUUGUUUCAGGUUGAAUAUGCCAUUGAGGCUAUAAAGGUGAGUCUAACAUGAUGAAUUACUUAAAUCAGUCAUCUGUUUUAUGCUUGAAACUAAGCCUUAAAAAAAAAAGCCUCAUUUGAUCAUUUUGGUCUCGCACUGUUUCAUCAGUUGGGCUCCACGGCCAUCGGUAUCCAGACAGCAGAGGGGGUGUGUCUGGCAGUGGAGAAGAGGAUCACCUCUCCACUGAUGGAGCCCAACAGCAUUGAAAAGAUUGUGGAGAUUGACAGUCACAUCGGUAAGAGACAAUAACAAACUGAAUCAGUGCGACUAGAUAAAGAAUCAGUUUAUUACAUGUGUAUUUGCUUUAUGUUGUUAUAUUGUGACGAACAUUAAAACACUGUGUUAGUCAAUCUGAGUCAAAGAGACGGUAAAAUGAACAAAAAAGAUCAUUAUUACAGGAAAAUAAUAAAGGGAAUAUUUGAAAAGCAACGGACUAAUUUUAAAGCAGUGUUGAAAAGCACACAGGGAGUCUUAAGAUUUUACUGUGCAUGAAAAUAUGUACAUUUAUUAAGAAAUUGAUCCUUAAAGGCUGCUGUUUUGCCCUUGUUUGGUUCUUUAAAACAAGAGAGGCCCUAAAUAAUGCUGUAAAGUAAAUCCAGUUGCUUACAGCUUGUUCCAAAGCUUAGCAAGAAAGAGCCAGAACAGGUACAUAACAUGUUUGGAUUAUGUACGGGUAAAUAAGAUGUAGGCUGCUUGCAUCAACAGCUUAAAUUUUUUUAGACGUCAUUGAUAGACUCACCUUUGUUAUAUUUUUAAUUCAUAUUAUGCAUUUUCUUUUAAUUUUGUCCACAUGUGACUAGAUGUUUGUUGGAAAUCAUAAAUAUUUCGAAUCAUAAGAUAAUCUGUUCCUUUAAUAGUCCCACAGGGGGAAAUUCCAAAAUUACAGCAGCAAAGUAUAGAUACAAAAAGAGAAAAAUGAAAAGAUAAAGAAACUUUGAGUUAAAACAAGAUAUGUGCAUGUGUCAUGUUUACAUCAUUGCACUUUUAUUUAUUUCAGUCCACUUUUAGAUAACAUAAAUGAUGUGCAAGAUUGUCAAGUGUUUGAUUUAGAAUCUUCUCUCCUCAAAGGUUGUGCCAUGAGUGGCUUGAUAGCUGAUGCCAAGACUCUUAUUGACAAAGCAAGAGUGGAAACACAGGUAUGAAUUCUGGCUGCACAGUAACAUAGGCCAACCACUAACUGUAUCUUAUAGUGAGAUUGACCUGUAAACAUCUUCCCCUUCAGAACCACUGGUUCACUUACAAUGAGACGAUGACAGUGGAGAGUGUGACUCAGGCUGUUUCCAACCUGGCGUUGCAGUUUGGAGAGGAGGAUGCAGAUCCUGGUGCCAUGGUCAGUCACUUCACUUCUCUCUGAGCUGAAAGUGCUUCAGGCCUGUAAGCUUCUUGAAACAUAAUACUGAAUUCUCUGUUGUUCUGCUGUCAUCUGUACAGAGUCGACCAUUUGGUGUGGCACUUCUGUUUGGAGGAGUUGAUGAAAAAGGACCUCAGUUGUAAGAAGAGACCGCCAUCUAAACACCUUAAAUACCAAAACUUUUAUGUUAAAGCACAUUCACUUUGAAGUCUGACUUAACCUUAUUGUAUUUGUAUUUGUUUGUGAAUGUAGGUACCACAUGGACCCAUCAGGAACCUUUGUGCAGUGUGAUGCCCGGGCCAUCGGCUCAGCAUCUGAAGGAGCACAGAGCUCCCUGCAAGAGGUUUACCACAAGGUACUAACAUUUGGUCAUAUGUCAGAAAGGAAAAGUAUGCAAAGCAAACUGCAAUAAUGCUAUCUGCAGAAAACAAGUUCUAAAAUAGACUUUCAACAACUAAAAUGAGCCAAAAAAUUGAUUUUUCUACAUUUAUACCACCACAUCAGCCGAUAUGUAUGCAAAUCACCAUGGUUGACUGUACUUUUUCCUUCUUGUCUUCCUCUCCAUGGGUGACUCACAGUCCAUGACAUUAAAAGAUGCCAUCAAGUCGUCUCUCACCAUUCUGAAGCAGGUGAUGGAGGAGAAGCUCAACGCCACCAACAUUGAGGUUAGUUCCUAAUUGCUCAUGCACUUCCUAAACUGUUGAGGUUAUUACAUGAGGUGUGAAUCUGCGAAGACGUUUUACUGAAAUCAAGAUGUGUGGUUUUGUUUGUAAAAGGAAAGAGACUCUAAACACUUGGGUUUCAUACAUGCAUUCAUAAUCUUGUGUUCCAUCCACAGCUGGCGACAGUAGAGCCCGGUAAAACCUUCCACAUGUAUUCCAAAGAGGAGCUGGAGGAUGUAAUCAAGGACAUCUAGAGCAUAAAAGAUUUGAACGUCUUCAGUUUGAGUCCUGGACAGUAGAGGAUGAGGGAAGAUCAACUGGGCAGAAUGUCACAACACAACACACAACUUUCCAUCAGCACAUUGUCUUGGCUGCAGUCACGUUUUAAUGGAUUGCAUAAGAGCUGUCUCUUUGUAUCGUGCUGAUUUCCCUUUCUGUCUCUCAGUAUCUGUACAUCUUUGUACAGGAGUCUGACCAGCACUGACGACUGAGCGGUGGGGUGGGUGGGUGGGGGGUAUUUUUUGUUACGAAUCAGUACUUCAAUUAAAUACUGUUGUAUUCAGAAAA